AUGCAAAGCGGCGGCGAGUCGGACGGGCGGCGGCUUGGUCCUGGUGGUGCCGCUGCCGGCAAGCCCGGCCAGCAGCAGCGAGAACAGCAACAGGCUGCACCUGACGAGCGGCGCGGCAGCUCAGGUACAGCAGAGGCCGGCCUUCCCCAAGGGGCAGGACGCCUUGACGAGCAGCUGGGCAAAGCAUGGCAGGGGGACAACGGCGGCGGCGCCGAGGCCGCGGAUGGUGGCGGGAAAGCCAAUGGCCGCGGCCGCGGCAGCAAGCAGCGGGGCCGUGGCCGUGGCCGCGGCCGCGGCCGUGGAGCAGAGGCGCGGCCCCUCAGCCGUGCGGACGCGGGCGAGCUGUUCCUGCGCCUGCAGCGCGGCGCCAGCGGCGCGACGGUGUCCAAGGCGCAGCUGGCGCGCGCUUGCGAGGACCUGGACGUCGACGCGGACGACGAUCUGAUCUGCGACAUGAUCUCGUACGCGCGCGAUCUGGAGGCGGGUGGCGAGGGGCUAUGCUUGGAUGGUGCAUCUGCGGGCGGCCUGCUGUCGAGGGCCGCUUUCUUACGGGUGGUGGAGCGCGUGGUGGGCUUGAUUGACGAGUGA